GAUAGGCUCGCCCGCUGCACUAUUUAAAGAGAGGAUGAUACAGUAAGGAAGAAGGAGAAUCAAUGAGACCCAUCAAUGAGGCUGUAACCUUAGAGAACCCUUCCACCGCAGAGUAGUGUUCACACUGCGCAGGGUCCGCCACACCUGAGGAGUAGCGCUUCUUCUUUAAGGAUGACCUCUUCUCUACUCUUUGACCUCCUGGCGGUGGCUUUGGUGGUCCUAGUAAAGAGCGCCCCCGCGGACGAUAAAAAAGUCACCAUGUUAGUGAUCUUACCCAAGGAUGACAAGUACAUGUUCUCAAUAAACCGGGUGCGACCCGCCGUAGACUAUGCCCUGCGAGCCGUAGAGGGCAAUGCCAGCCUGCUGCCCGGCUUUGCGUUCAACGUCACGUAUCGAGACUCCGACUGCGGCAACCAAGCGCUCUUCAGCCUGGUAGACGCCGCCUUGAAGGAGCGAAAACCGGACGUGGUCCUGGGUCCGGUGUGCGAAUACGCGGCUGCCCCCGUCGCCAGGUUGGCCUCCCACUGGGACAUCCCCAUGAUCUCCGCCGGGGCGCUGGCCACCGGCUUCAUGCAGAAGGCGGAGGAGUAUUCCCACCUCACCCGGGUGGCACCUGCCUACACCAAGAUGGGCGAGAUGUUCCUCGCCAUGUUCCGCUUCCACAAGUGGAGCAGAGCCAUGCUGGUGUACAGUGACGACAACGUGGAGCGGAACUGCUUUUUCACGGUGGAAGGGGUCCACAUGGCCUUCAAGGAGGAAGGCUACCACAUGGCCGUCCACAACUUCGACGAAGCCAAGCAUGUGGACGUAGAGGACAUCAUACACUCCAUCCAGAAUAAGGAGAGAGUUGUGAUCAUGUGCGCGAGUAGUGAUACCGUCCGGAACAUCAUGUUGGCUGCACAUCGACAAGGACUGACUAAGGGGGACUAUGUGUUCAUCAACAUUGAACUCUUUAACAGCUCAUCAUAUGGAGAUGGCUCGUGGAGGCGAGGAGACAAGCACGACCUUGAGGCGAAGCAAGCGUACUCAUCCCUGCAAACAGUCACCCUACUCAGGACAGUAAAACCCGACUUUGAGAAGUUUUCCAUCGAGGUGAAAAGUUCUGUUCAAAAGCUGGGCCUGACCGAAGACGAUUACGUCAACAUGUUUGUAGAAGGUUUUCAUGAUGCCAUCAUCCUUUAUGCCCUGGCAUUACAUGAACUAGUGAAGAACGGCUACAGCAAAAAGGACGGAGAGAAACUUGUGCAGGGGAUGUGGAACAGAACGUAUGAAGGUAUCGCUGGGCAAGUGUCCAUCGACGCCAAUGGUGACCGGUACGGGGACUUCUCGGUGAUUGGCAUGACUGACCUUGAAGCAGGCACUCAAGAGGUUAUUGGAGAUUUUUUUGGCAUUCAAGGAACUUUUGAACUUCGACCAAAUCUGAAGACUAUAUGGGGAACUGGAAGGAUAAGACUUGCGGAGAUGAAAGUGUUUGAAACCAUAACUCCAUGCAAAACAUCAGGUGGCUUAGGAGAAUCUGCAGUAACCGGAAUUGUGGUUGGCGCCUUCCUAGGCACGGGGCUCUUAAUGGCGUUCUACUUUUUCAGGAAGAAAUACAGAAUAACUAUCGAAAGACGAAACCACCACGAUGACUGUAACAUCGGCAAGCACAGACAGCUGAGGGAGGAUUCCAUACGAUCUAACUUCUCUGCGGCUUAGGGAAAAUAGUUUUGUAUGAAGAUGCAACCAAAGACAUCGCAGUACGCGAGAAGGAGCUCUUGUAGAAGAGGAGCAGAGUCCUGUUAGUUUUUUUUUAGUUUUUUUUAGUUUUUGUUUUUUUCUUCAAAAACUCAGGAAAGAUUUAGAAAUCGUAUGAUGCCACAUGGCCUUUCAUCUGGGACAAUUUCAUGAUUUACAAAUUUGGACACUAUCUGCUGGAUCAUGACAAAUGGUAGAUUUAUUUUUAUUGACGUAAGAAUUUAAAAAACAAUUGAGCAGCAAAAGAAAUAUUUUUUGUUCAAACCAAGAAAAAAUGGCCAAUAAUUGUAAGGUGAUACUGAAAUUUUUAUUUUUAUUGUAUUCAUUUGCCUUGACCUGCAAAUAGCAGAUAUUAUUCUCCAAGGGGUCACCAGGCUUUUGCUUAAUUCUUUUUUUUUUUCAAAAACAUUUUUUUCUGAGGUACAUUAAAGAACUCGUUUCGACUCGAGAGUCAGACGUACACAGUGAAGCAUUGAUGCUUAAAUUCGGCCCAUCUUGUUAAAUUUUUCUGGUUUGCUCAGUCCCUACACAGAUAUUUGGGAUGACGUCGAAGCGUAACUGAAAGGUCAACCUUGUGUGAGCACAGGCCAUGAUUGUAAUCCUGUGGAUGUUUAAAUGCUUUACCGUAGAGUAUAUUCAGGAUAACUUAGCUGGACGGCUAAUUCAGGUUUUAUAUUGUAUAGAUUUUAUUUAAUGAUGAACACUAUCGUUGCAGGUGAUACCAAUGGCUCCUACUAGCUCUCAAAAAAAAAAAAGAAAAAAGUUGGGACUCAAUGAUAUGUUGAUUGAAAUGGUAUAAACUCAAUUCGAUUUCAUUUUCAUAUACUUCACAAGCUACGCAUGACAACACUAUAUGUAAAAAAUUCUGUAGGGUAAAAUUGGAAAUUUGGACCAAAACAUUCAUUGAAUGCGUAUUCAAUAAGUGUUUUGGUCGAAAUCUCCUAUUCGUAAUUAAUUAUUAAAAAUUACUACUCCUAUUAAGGACUCAUGCACACAAACGUAUUUUCCUCCAUUUCCGUUCUGUUGUUUUACAGGUCCGUAUGCGGAACUAUUCAUUUCAAUGGGGCUUGAAAAAAACCCGGAAAUUACUCCAUGUCCGUAUGUCCACAUGUCCGUUCCGCAAAAAAAUAAAAUAAAUAGAACAUGUCUUAUUCUUGUGUGUUUUGCGGACAAGGACAGGCAUUGUUACAAUGGAUCUGCAAAAAAAUAAAAUGGAUGUGACACGGAUGUCAUCUGUUUUUUUUUUUUUGCGGAUCCGUAUUUUGCGGAUCGGUAAAUGCAUACGGUUGCGUGCAUGAGGAGCCCUAAAGGGGUUAUCCACCUUGGACAACCCCUACUUGUGAGAAGGGUCCCCUUACAAUUAAAUGAUCACAAAGUGUCCUCCUGCUGGGACUCCAGCAAUCAACUACUGUUUGUGAGAAAUCUGGUAGCAAGUGUAGACUUUUUAUGAAGCACCCCCACAGGUGGAAUGAAGUAUUACACAUUCACAUCAAUAGGUCCUCUGUGUAAUACAGGACAGGUCCUCCAGCGAGAGAGGUGCUCUUUGUAACUGACCUCCAAUCUGAACAAAAGAUGAAGACCCUGAACAGAGGAAUCUCAGAUGUCCUAAUUGGGUUCUAAAUUGGACACCCUUUAAAAGUCCACAUGCAACAAAAUAUUAGAGCAAAUGUAGUAUCACAUGGCGGCCAUUCAGAUGAAUGACCUUUCUUGUAAAAGAUGGACAGUAGAGCCUGUCAGAGUGGGAGCUUAAACCACUAAAUCAAUGGUAGUUUUAAAUUGUCUUAAAAUCCUGUUUCUCUGAAUUGAAAUAUUCCUUUUUUUUGUGUUUUUAGAAUUUUUUUAUUGAAAAUAUACUAAACUGAAAUGUAAAGAAAUUCACAGAAAGGAGGGUCAAAAAAUAAAAUUAAUGUCACAAUUAUUACUGUUAUUAUUAAUAAUAUCAAUUGAAUUUUUUUGCAUUAAUACAUGUUUUUGAACAUUAAUAUAAUUUAGGAAAAAUAUAUUUAACUUUAUUAUUUUUCAUUAGGAGGUCCCGAAGAUUACAGCUAAUUACCAAGCUGUACCUGUCCUUAUCAUUGUUUCAAAAGUCAAGUAUAGGUGCAGCCUGGCAAUUAAUAGUAGUUAAGCAGACAUUGAAAGUUUAUGGUUAUUGAUAAAAUUUGUGGGGGUGGGAAUUCAUGAGUCAAGGAAUUGAGAUCAGUUAGGGUCAGCUAGCUUUUGUAUGUGAAGUUGAAAUUUUUUGGGGUCGGAAAAAAAAAAGGCCCAUAAAUUCUACCAAAUAGAGAACCUUUGAUUUUAUACUGAAAAUGUAAAUAUUUUAUCUUAUAUUCUUGUACAUAAAUAAUUUAGAUUUUUUUUCAGUAAAAAACAUUCCAUUCUAACAUUUUCAACAUCUAACAGUCAUUUUUAGAUACUACGUUCACUUUUUAUUUUAUUUAGUUACAUGAGAGAGGAGCAAAAGUGCUGAGAUCACACAAAGUAGAAUUUUUGAUCAGUGUUCACUGUAAAUAUGUUAUUUAGUAGUCGUAUUGUGUCUAAUAGACAUUCAGGAAUGUUUUUGUUUUUUUAUGUAGGUCUAAUUAUAUUGGAAUUUCUUGUAAACAACUUUGGAAUAAAAUCAACAUUGUUAUAUUUAGGGCAUUGCUACAAAGAUAAUGAUUAAAAAAAUUCGACCAAGACAUUAAUAUAUAUACAGGGGUAUAUAUUGUGUAUAAUAUUUCAAAUGCAAUAACAAUAAACUCAGAGCUUAUCACAUAAACUAAAACCACAAAAAGUUAUAAAAUAUGAAAAAUAUAUAAAUUCUUUUCUCAUAAUGUCGCAGGUGCCAAUUUUUGUUGUACUUCAAUACAUCUUUAAAUGUGAAACUUUGAAGACAUUUUCCUCAUUUAGAUGCAACGCUUUGGUUUGAAAUUUUUGAAUUAUGAAGGUCGACAUUUUUUAAAAACCCAUUUAAGGGGUUGGCAAGCUGUAAUUUUUGGAAUGAUUGAAAUAAUUUAUGAAGGUCAACUUUAAUUUUUCAGAAUAGGUUAAAAAAAUUAAGAGAAGCUAUAGGCACCACACUGAAUCCCAUUUUUACAAAAAUUACAGUCUGGACAACCCCUUUCAGUGUUUAUUGAUAUAAUAUUAUAAUUUCUCUUGUCUUUUAUAAUUUAGCUUGUAAUGUAAUAUAAUUUUUUUUGGGUCUUUUUUCUGUAAUAUUUUCUUUCAAUAUUUAUAAAGUCCUUUUUAUAAUUGUAUUAUAAAGGGGUUCUCUGGGCCUGUACCUAAAAAGUCCCUGCUAACCUGUGGACAGAAGACACUUGUUCCACCGAUUCUGCAAUCUCGGCUAGAAUCAUGUGAUUGCCUGACUAGCUGGGGUCUAUUCCUCUGAUGUUUAAACAAGAUAUGCUCUUCUUUCUUCCUGCUCAGCUACAAAUACAUUAUGCAGCUAAACAGGAAGAAGGAGGAGAACAUACGGUCAACAAACAUAAGAAGAGUCUGUUGGGUGGUCACGUGAUUUCAGCCAGGAUUGCAGAAUUGGCGCAGCGAUUGAAGAGUAAAUACUGCUCAAAGUGUCUUCUGUCCACAGCUGAAAGAGCCUUUAUAGGUACAGACCCCUUUAAUACUAAUAAUAGGUACAAUGAAUUUCCCCGGAUGUGCAAAAAGUAAUAAUAUUGUUUUAUUUCUCCUGUCAAAAACUGCAUUCUUCAUUAUUUUAUUUUUUAAAAAGUUUUUUGUUACCGUUAUUGGGGGGAGGGAGAUAAGAUUUGAAAUCUAUUACAUUAGUAUAAAGCAAAUGGCUAUAGGUGCUGCAGAAUGAUUUUGUAUUUUUGGAACCACUAUUGUUUUUGAAAGAGAAUUUUAUCUAUAGACUAUAUAAAUAAAUUUAUGUUAAAAAAAUUCUAAUUCCUUUCCACAAAUUUUUGGUUUUCUGUUCUACAUAUUUAACACUUUUGAUGCUCCACAGAGGGUUCUUAUUUUAUGAUGUACUGAACAAUGAGCAUGUAUUUUUGGUUUAUGUUGGAUUGACUGCCAUACACUUUAAAAGCUGAAUAUUUUUGGGUUUAUUUUUGCCCUAUUUGUACUGGUAAAGGGAGAUGGAAAAAUAUAAUUUUAGUUUUUUUUCCAAAAGUUAAAUCGGACACUGGUCACGUGUUGGGCAAUGCUUGGUAAGUUCAUUGUGUGUUUAAUCUGCAGAUGAUGCUUUUGUUAACAACUUUAAUAUCAAAUAUGGUUAGCCAACUAAAGGAAUCCAAAAACUUAAAUUGUAAAAAAAAAGAAUUGUCUGUGCUAUUCACAAUUAUAUAAUCAUAGCGCUCACCACCCACACACAGCCAUAUUAUGACUCUGUGUUGUACAUCUCUAUAACAUGUCACCCAUGGACUAUGAUGGGGCCCUUCUGUGGCUGUCUCAUACCAAUCGCUUUUUCUGUUGAAUUCUGUACGAAUCUAACAGUACAAAAUUUGGUUAUAUGCUUUAUUCAGUACCAUAUUAGGGAAAAAUGUCCCAUAAUACAGUACCAUACAGAGGCAAAGGGAGUGGCUCUCAAAUAGGACCAUAUGUCGCUAGGUACAGCCUUUAUAUAAAGUGUUCUGUAUAUUUAUGAGGUCUAAAAGUGAAAAAAUUUAACAUUUUGAAAAUCACUUUUUUGGUCUAGCUCAUGAAAAUCAAAAUCAAAUUACAAUAAUUGACUAUAAAUUGAAAAGUAGUAUGUGACGAGACAGAUCAAUUUAAAUGAAGGCAUUAAUCAUGAAUCAUGACCAAUGGGUGCAAUGCUCCUUCAAAAGGGCCCAUAUGGGACAAUGGAAUAAUGGCACCAAGUAUAUGCUAAUGUCACCAAUGCUUUAGUAGACCAUCUUGAUCAAGUAGUGGCAAGGCGAUUCACAUGACUUCAGAUGGAAAAAGACUCCUUAAGGCCAGGGAACAAAAUUUAAGGGUUUUUUGGAAUCUUAAUGACCAAGUUUUUGGGAUAGAUCAUUAAUAUCAGAUUGGAUGGGUCCAAAAAGGAGCUACUGUUUUUUGAACCAGGCACUGCCUGGUUACUGGCAGGUUGAAGAGUACCCAAAACCUUUGUGAAAAACACAAAGGGGCAGAAGCACUGCUUGAAGCCCUCUGCCCCGUCGGCUUUCAACAGCUCUGGUCAACUUUUCAAGCAUGUGGACUGCAGAUCCAUACUCCACAUGCUCAAAAAGCCCAGUAGAGCCCAUGAAAGUGCAAAUAGUUCUGAGCAGCGCUUCUGCUCCUUCGUGUUUUUCAAAAAGGUUUAGGUGCCCUUAAAGCAAAUGGGAGGAGCACUGCAGUGACUUGGAACUGCCACUAUAAAGAGCUGUAAUCUUCCGGCCACAGUUGUUCGGCAGAGGUGGCAAGAGAUGGACUCCCUCCGAUCUGAUAUUGAUGACUUAGUCAUCAAUGUAGACUCCUGGAAAACUCCUUUAACAUAUGAGGUGCAGUUUAUUUUUGCCCGCAGAUCAGAACAUCGGUAUAAUCCUAUACAGAGUUACUAUAAACGGCACUGACAUAUAUAUAUAUAUAUAUAUUUUUUUUUUUACAUUCCCAUUUUUGGAUUCCUCAUCAGAGUCCUGACAGUCUUCAUGAUGCUAUUGUACUGAUGUACGCAGCUUUGCCUGCGAAUAAUGUGAUUUUAUUUAUUGUCUUUUUUGUUUUGUUUUUGUAGCGCACGCGUCUUCUUCAGGAGAUGAAUUUUAGUUUUUCUUUAUGUAAUAUAAUUAUUCUGUCAAAGUGAUGAGUUGGUCAGUUGUGCUUUGUGUGAUAUCUGUUCACUAUUGUGUACAUCUUUGUAAGCAUUGUUUUUGUUUUUAUAUCCAGAUACAACAAUACGUUUCAAUUAAAAAUAAAUGAGUUAGAUGUUGAUGUGA